CCAGGGUUUGAAAUAUUUCCAGAUUGUAAACAGUGUUUCUUAUCUGCAGGACGUAAGUGACGUCUGAGAGUCACACUCGUCACUUGUACUCCAUUUAUGAGUCUUAUAGGAUUUAUAAACCUUGUAAAUAAUAGUUUGUGAGAUAUGGGUGAUGUGAUGAGCGAGUGAGCAAAGUUCCUGAGUCACUUAAAGCAGUAGGGCCGGCCGGGGCCGCCCAUUCAUUCACUUUAUCUCUGUACAUCCUCACUACAAGCUGUGAGAUGCAGUCCAGUAAGGAGAAAGGUUUAGUGUGUGGUUUGCUGGAUUCUGUGGGUGAUGUCAAUGAUGGAGUGAGACAAACAGUGGCAGGAUCCCUCAUAACUCUAGGGCGUCAACACCCAGCAUUGGUUCUCUCUUGUAUCCACAAGUUCAUUACCAGUCCACAGACAGCUCCAAAAGUUCAAGUGCAAUGCAUCUUAUACAAUAUAGCAGAGAAUAUAAUGCGUGAAUGUGGUGAGAAAAUUGAAGAUGUAGAGGUAAUUAGCAUGUGGAUUGAAGGAGCACUCAAGCUUCUGACCCUUCCAUCGGUGGCUCCCGACCUUCAAGAAGGUGCCUCAGGGAUGAUGGUGGCACUUGGCAGUAACUCCACCCAUUGUAAUACUGUGAUGGAAAGUUUAGUAGGUCAGAUCCAAACUGGAAUAGUACCAUCACAAAGUAUUGUAGAAACUCUUGGAGCCUUGGUUGCUGGUAAUGUCAGAGGAACCAUACCUUACCUUAAAAUCUUACUAGGACUUAUUGUUGGAUGUCUUCCACAAGUUAAGCAAGACACUCUCAAGAUUGCAAUAACUAAUAUGUUGAGCAAGUUCUCUGAAGCUAUUUUAGAGGCUGUGGAAAAUAAAGAGCCUGAUCCAAACAUUUCAGUAAAUUCUUAUAUGACAGAAAGUGCAGCAAUAUUUGAAUCGCUAGUCCAUCUUUGGCUGAAAAGUUCAAAUGCAGGUGUUAGGCAUGAAACAGUGGUAUGUCUUGGUCAUAUGAGUCAUCUUCUUUCUAAAGAGAAGCUUGAAGAGCUUGCAGGUUUGGUUGUAACAAGUGUCUUGUCACUGUAUCGCAAGACUUCCUCUCCUUAUAGCCUCACCUUAUCACUAGCAUUACUAAUUGAUGCAGUGUUAAAAAAUCAACUCACUGAGGGCAUGAAAUUUCAUGUUGAUAAUUUGCUAAGUUCCCUAUUCAGCCAGGUAUGUAUCACGCCAGAUUAUGCGGAGCCAAAUACCGUCAAGAACCAUUAUGAGGUGCUGCGUUGUUAUGAACUUUUAGGGAACCAUUACCCUGAAAAUGUGAAAAAUCAUCUUUUACAAAGACUCGAGAAUGCUAGUCACAUGCAGCGAGUUGGAGCCCUUAUUGUGACUAAACAUCUCAUUAAUAGCAAAACUCUUAAUACAGAGAAUGUUUCCAGCUUGAUUUCUACACUGAAUGCAAUUCUUACUGAUCCAAACAGUAAAGUUGUGAAGAGUGUGACACAAGUCAUUGUUGCAUUGUGUCAUAAUAACCAUCUUUCUCCACAUGCAGGUGCUCCUUUCAUCACAUACUUAGUUAAACAUUCUGCUGGUGUUUCUCCAUCCCACAGUCGGCGGCCGUCUCUGGCCGAACCAGAUAGAGAGUCAGUGGCUGAGGUCAGCCGCCGAGUGCUCCACUUGCUGGCUACAACUGUGGAGGCUGCCCAGCCCAUAUUAUGGCCACAUUUGCUAAAUUUUGUUUGUAGUACAGAAUAUGAUGCUAGUCUUCCUACAACUCUGAGUUGCUUAGCACACCUAGCUAACAAAUAUUCGUCUUUUAAUGAAGAGAAACCUAUACUUGUAGGGCCUCCAGGACCCCCUUCUGCUCCAGUUUUACUCUCCCGUUUAUUAGUGUUAAGCUGUGUGCCAGGUGAUGGGGUUGUUGGGAUUGCUGCUCUUAAAUUGCUGCAGGGCCUUGCAGCUCAUGUUAGCCCUGAUGUUGUGGAACCCUGGAACCAACACCUUCCACAGCUUUUAUCAACAUUACAUGACCUUACACUUAAAGUUGAUGCUGAGCCUGCUGCAAUGCAGAUGUGGCACGAUUCCUUGAGAGACUUCUUGGCUUCGACUAUCACUCACAUUAACAAUGAAGAAUACACCAACAACAUAGGAAAAGCUCAGAUGGAACAGCUUCAUAUAUAUGACAAGCAGCAGGCUCAGCUGUGCUUCCUGAUGUCCCUCAUAGGUGUUACUCUGAGGCAGACAACCAAUAAGACCUUUAUUGCUACUACUUUGGACUCCCUCUUCAAUGCAACAUGUCAUAAAUCUGCAAUUGAGCGAGAGAGUUUUGCUUUGUGUGUGGGCACAACAGCAGCUUCACAUAUUGAUCUUGUCUUGACUCACAUUGAUAUAUGGCUCAAGUCAGCUGAUCCUACAAAGAGACCAAUGUCUUUCUUUAGUUUGAUUAAGCAAGAUACCCGAACUGAUGAGACUUCCUGGGUUCGGGCAGGCUUGGUGCUAUGCCUUGGCCAAAUUUCUACUUUGGCUUCCCCAGCUGUGGUUGGUAGUCGAGUGGAUGGCCCCAUCAUGCUCCAUCUUCUUAAUAUAAUCAACAGUAACAAGAGUGAUGUUGUGAAUGAAGCUGUUCUGCAUACAGUUAGUAAUAUAGCCCGGGCUCUUGCACGACUCCCAAGCUUCAAGCUUCGUCAACGUCCAUUGCUCAUCACGCAUCUCGUCAACACUGCCAAGGUUGAUAACAUCCCUCAUCCUGUGCUGGCUAGUGUCCUGCAGGCACUUAGAGAUCUUGUAGCUCUGGAGCCAGAGUUAAAUGUGGAAGAGAGAACAAUAAUACUGCAGGCAGCAUUAACAGCUACUCUGCCUCGCUUGUCUCAAACACACAAUGUGGACUCUUACCUCACAAAGUGUUGUGCUCAGCUCAGUGUUCUCAUUAGAACAAUAAUACAAAAAGAUACCAGUCCGGCAACCCUGGACGAUGUGACAACUUUACUACAGUCAUGGACAGUCGCUCCCACUGAACUGAUCAGAAUUAAGUCUGUGGAACUCCUUCAUGCAGCACUAAGAACAUAUUAUGAUCAUCUCAACAUAACAAUUGAGGGUCCCACAAACUUCAACCAGACAUGUCACCUUCUAGCAUUCCUAACUCCUCGUCUAACGGAUCCUUGCUCACAAGUGCGAACUCAAGCAGUUGGAAGUGUGUUCAUGGUGCUGCGUAUUGCUGGCCGCUACAAUGGUGUGACACCAGAUCAUGUAGAUGAUGAUCUUGAACUCUUAAAGGCAGCAGAGGAGCAGAUAUCUGUUGAUGAUCCACAUAGGAUUGAUAAUCUAGUAAAAGACAUAGGCAAGGUUAUGAGCACCAAGCUUUCCUUUGUGCAACUGCGCUCGUUCUUGUCAAGUGUGGUGGUAGGCUUGCAAGAUAGGCUGGGUGAGUCAUCGGCUGGAGUAGCUCUGGUUAUCACUACAGUAUUCAGUCUUCGUGGCCAUCAACUUCACCAGCACAUUAAGGAGUUGUUAGAUUCUAUAUAUAACAGACUUGAGAAGGUCACUCAUCCAGAGACAAGACGAAGAACAGUAGAAGCUCUGACUCGCCUCGCCUCCCACAAUUUGAAUUUGGUGCUAGACACUAUUCUUACAUAUCCACUUCCAUAUGAAAAGGGUGUAUGUGAGACAUGGCAUAAUUUGGGCCAUGAUGCACAGCUUUGUGAAUCUGCAAUAACUCUUCUGACACAAAUUCUGGAGCGCACACAGUUGUAUUCAGAGCAACCAACAACUACCGAUGCUACUGUCAAGAUUGCAACAAUUCCACCAUUGUCUGCCAUCUGUGGUUUGUGUGAGCUGAUGCAUGAUUUAAGAUCACACAAGGAAAGCACUGAAGGAGAGCACGAGGACAGUGACUGGGAGAAAGUUGAGGGAGGUGAAGCCGUGAAGGUCACCCAUCACUGGACAGCAUCACAGCAGAUCAUUAAUAAUAACUUCCCAUCAUUGGCAGCGCUACUUUUACUCUCCUAUGGUUCCUAUGUUGGGGUCGUUGCUCCUCUCCAUCAGACAGCCUCAGCAAACUCCAAAAGUGCCUUUAACUUUAUACCCAACAGAGGUGCAACAACUCUUGUUCCCACUAAGGUGGUACUUCUGUGUCUUCAGUCAUUAGUUGAUGUUAUAGAGUGUGAGUCACUCUGUACUGUUUUGGGCUCAAAGAUCAGAGAUGAGAAUGAUGACAAUCUUGAAAUUUUCUUGCACACCAUAUCAGAAAUCAUAGCGAUGCUGGUACUUGAAGCACCCAAACAUAUUGAAAAAUUGGUAAAAUGUUUGGAUACCCAGUAUUCAUAUGAGAUGCAGAGAGUUAGUGUGGCUGUAAUCUUUGCUCAGUUAAUAGCAGAGAAAUGUGGAGGAAACUGUGAGCUCUUGGAGAAUAUAACUGAUGGUUUGUUAUCAAGACUGAAUGACCGUUCGGUACAUGUUCGCAGACUUGCAGUCCGUGGCCUGGCCAACUUUGCUCAACUUCAGAAUGAUCAACUGGUAGAUGCAUGCCAUUCAUCUGAAGCACGCCUCUCCUGGGUGUCAGAAAAGCUAACAGAGAUUAUCACUGCUCUGGUGGAAGCAACAGACCAGCGUGACAGCAGUGGUUCAGAUGGAACUGGUAUAGAAACUCAGGUUGCCCUAGAGGCUCUUAGAGGACUUGCUGCUCUUCUCCCACGACUGCCACAGGAAACUGUUCUCCAGCACACACCUACACUCCUCAUCAGGAUCAGACUCUUCUCUGAAAAAUCAUCAGGGGAAGUGCGUGAAGCAGGCUUAGGUGUCUUGCGGGGUCUGGCUUCAUCUGUAGGCUCCACGGAGGAAUUCCGAGACCAUCUUCAUCUUCAUCUUUUGGCAGCGUUGGUUCAUUUGGCAGAUCCUCAUCCUCCAACAGUUGUGAUGUGCAAGAGUGCUCUGCAGGCUCUGGGCCCUCACCUUGGUUCAGAUGCAAUGAAUGCAAUGUUCCAGAAUCACUUAAUCCCCAGCGGAGUUUUGAACUACCAUCAGUUUAUUACUGAUCUCACUAAGCAUAUGGUGACAGAUCUUAGUGAUCACAUGGGGUUCUUUAUUCAAGCUACUUCAACGUAUUUCAAGAGUUCAGAGCCAUCACUGCGUCGUGCUGCUGCUCUCCUCAUAGGUAACCUGGUGUAUCAUUGUCAAAGCAAUGAAGAACUAAAUGUAUCAUCAGUGAGCCAUGGUCUACUGUAUCUUCUGCGUGAUCCAGACCCAGCAGUGAGGACUGCUGCUGCAAUAGCCAUUCCCCUCUUGUAUAAAUAUAAUGAUCUCCUUUAGUGUAAAUAAUGUGAUGCUGCCUAAUAGUUUCGUUUUGUAAACAUAACUUUUCCUCUAAAUAUAUCAUCAUUAUAGAACAAUUUUGUCUUACAAGUAUUUCAUUUAAUACUUUUCAGAAGUUUAGUGUUUCACAGGCUUUGUUUUUUUUUCUUGUUUUUGCUAGUCAUACUACCAUAGAACAUGCAUCAUAUUUAUUGUAUAAAAAAAUACAUUAAUUAUUAAUAUUAAGUAAUUCACUCAUCAUUGCUCUGCUCUUUGGGGUUAUGUGUGUGUAUAUGAGAGUUGUGUAGGCUGAAGCUAACACUGAUAAAAACAGUAAAACGUGGUAAAGAGAAUCUCUUUAUUAGAUGAUGUUUCUCUCUAAAUAGAGCACUAUAAACUUGACAAGAUCAAAUUAGGGAGAAUGUUAUCUAAUAAAAAAAGGUCUCACUCUACUAUGUAUGAUUUGUAUAACAAAUUUAUCAGCUGCUUGUCAAUCACUUCACUGACAACUUUAAUGAUAAACCAAAUAAUACACUGAGAUAUUGAGUCUUUAACAUAUUGCACCAAGCUUGGCAUCCUAAAUGCAAUGCUCCACUGUACAGUACAUUUAUAAUUCACUCAACACUUAAAAUACCAGUGCACUAAUAGUUUACUGUACACACAUAAUUUACAGAACACUUGUAAUUGUGAUAUCUGCAAACUUUUGGCAAGAGUUAUUGAAUGAAUGAAGGUUAAUAUGUUUCCUGUUUUGGGUUGCUAAACCUUGGUGAGAGAUGGCCAGUGUAUUAAAAAAACUUGUAAUUUGCUGUACACUUAUACUUCAUUGUACACUUAAUAAUCAGUACUUCACUGCUCUGUAGCAGUAUUUUACUUGUCUAUGACAAUACACCAAGCACUGAGUGUCUGCAUUUCUGAUGCUUCCUCAGUUGUGACUGGCUGACUGCUUGCUUCCUUCAUUCUGACUGCCAACUACAUUACUUACUUCUUAAGGUGGCUACUCCAUGACUGGCUAACCACUUCUUUCCUCAAUAAUUACUUCUUCAUGGCAGGCUGCCUGUCUGCAUCAUAACUGGUUGUAAAAUGACCCAGGCUGUUGUUCUUUCCCUAGUCUUAUAUAUGAUACAGAUAGUAGUAAGUUUAUUGCAUUUCAAAGGGGCAGAGGAGCUUACAGUCUUACCUUUAACCCCAUUUCCCAAGAAACUCGCAAAAGCUCAGCACUAACAUACACUCUCUUAGCAUGUGUUUUCCAAGGAAUUAGCCAAGAAUAAUACAUGAAUUUUACAUACAUAUCUCAAUAUCACAUAAUACAGUAGUAUUAGAAAGUUCCACAGCAAUGUACAUUACCAUCAUAACAGGUUUAUUUCAGCAGCACGUUCAUAAAACUAAGAAACUGUUCAAACCUCUCUAAUUAUAUAGUUGCCCUAUUAAUGUGGGCUUUAUUAUUAUUAAUGAUGAUGGUUCUAGUUCUUUGUUAGUGUAAGUCAUGUAUUUACUAACAUAAUAUUUAGCAUCUAUGUACUAUAUAUGCUAGCAUGAGUGUAUAUAGUUAAAAUUAUAUACUAUUAGGGUUUUGCAUUAAGGAAAUGCAACCAUUUAUGUGCUAUAUAAAAUGAGUGAAUUGUAUUUUUUACCUGUGUAUUUUGAAGUUAAAGAUGUGUGCUAGUCAUCAUAGUUUUAACUUACAUAGGUUAAAUAUACUGUAUUUGAGCUGCAUUGUUAUGUAAUAUUCAUCUAUAUAUGUUAUUCAUCACUGCUUCAAAGCAAGGAAGAUAAUUAUAUUAGAUCUGCCUUUGUAUUUUCAAAUAUAUAAUUUUAUAAAUCUCUUAUUUUGGUAUAGAAAAUAUGUUAUUUAGUGCCUUAGUGCUAAGGGAUAGGGUUUGAAUAAUAAUAGUUAUAUAAGAAGAGAGGGUAUGUUAUCUUGGUAUGUUAUUUUGGCAAGAUGUAAAGAAAGGUUUGGGGUUACAGUAAAGUAUUAAGGUAACUAGAGGGAUUUUUAAGAAAUCUUUGGGUUAUUUGGGUAUACUAUUUUAUUACAUUAGAUGCCUAACAUUAUUGUAUUUAUACAUAUCUCUGCAUUUUUAAAUGUGCCUGUGUUAUUUUCCAGUAUUUUAAUUCAUAGUUUUGUUAAUAUUUAAGAUAUUACUGAAUGGUAUUUCGAGUGCUUAAUUUUCUUAAGGUAGUUGUGUGGUAUGAAUCACAAAAAUUGCACAACUUGAGAAACCUGGCAAUAUGUGGACUAUACAGUAGAAUAAAAAAAAAUCCCUGACUCUGAUGUUCCUCUGAUAUAUUCAGAUCACAAAUAUGUCUUUAGUAUUUUUUGCACAUAAAAUAACAUCUUGCACCAUAUAUAUUAACCCUAUUUAUUUGUAGUUUUUCCUGUAAAAUUUGUUAUUUUUUGUGCUGAAUAAAUUUGCUGGCUAUUGCUGGCAACACUAUGCA